AUGAUUAAUAUAAAUCAGCUUAAAAUCAAUGAUAAUUGGCUUAAUUUACCCGAUCAUCUAUGGUAUAAAAUCAAUGAUUUUCUAAAUGUUAACGAUAUUUUACGUUUAAGUCGAACAUGUAAAAAAUUAUAUACUCUUAUUAAUAGUUAUGAUUUUUGGACACAUUUAAUUCUAUCACAUUUUGGACAAAAAUUAUGGCAUCGUUAUAUUAUUGAUGUCUUUAAUGUAUCAAAUAAAACUAUAAAUAAUUCAAAUAAAUUAUUAUUAGAAGAAUAUGAAAAUAUUCCAGAAGAAUUUCUUAGUAAUGGUAUUCAGAUAACUUGGGAAAAUCAUGAUUCAAAUGAUGAUAGUAAAGAAUUUAAAAUUGCUCUUAUUCGAUCAUACAAUUAUUUAAAUAUGGAUAAGAAUUUGUCUAUGACAAUGAAUAUUGAUGAUUUUAGAAAAAAAAUAUAUUAUUAUGGAUUUAAUAAUAAACUUCUUGAUCUUUAUAGAUCUAAUAUAUUAUUAUCAAAAUUAAUUUAUUUUUAUUUAAUAGAUCAAAAACGAAUAUCAUUUAUUAAUGAAAAUUUUGUACAAUUUGAUAAUAAUCAUUCUUAUAUAAAACAAAAUGAUUUAACAAGUUUAAAUGGAGAAGUAAUUUAUAUAAAAGAAAUUAUACAUUGGCAAUAUGGUUUAAAAAUUAAUAUGAAAUUUACGAAUAUAUUGCCAGGAAUAUAUCAAAUUAUAUGGAGAAUGAAAUUACAACAACCUUUUCUUAUUGGAUGUACUGAAUUUUUAGCCGUACCUGAUUAUGGUCUAAUGGUUAAUUGUAAAUGGUCACAAGAUACAUUUAUGAAAAUGUAUCAUUAUUUUAAAUGUAAUGAAAACAAUUUUUGGUUUUAUGAGUGUAUGGGAGAAUUAAUAGUUUUUGAAAUUUCAAAUGUUUACGUAUCCAUAAGAAAUUUUAGUGAUUCAUCUGGGAAAAGUGGAGUUUUUCUUGAUUAUGUUGAAUUAAAACUAAUUAGUUAG